AUGAGAACGAAGAGAACUAGGGGUACAAGAAAUGUAGGAGCGAGCAUGCCUGCCGGCGCUGCGAAUGCGGAUAGUGAAGACUGGAAAGAAUAUGUCUCCGAAGACAUAAUAGCCCAAUUGAACAAGCACCAGCUGCCGUAUUCUGAAAUAUUAGAUGAGAAGAUCGCGGACUUGGCCAAUCACUGGCACUUCCAGUAUGUGAUGGCUUGGCUUUCCAAUGUCUGCGAAUCAUAUACUACAACGACAUUUAAUACUGACCAGUAUGGCGGUAGCUCUACCAAAUGCUUGUGGAAGAAUAUCAAAUUCGAUGAAGGUGUAUUUGUAACUGACGUAUUUUCGAAGAUAGACGGGAAGGACUCGAACUAUUACAAUGAUGAAGUCGACGUAGAUGAAGGAUCGCAAAAUUUGUACGACAGAAUUAGAUUGCAAUUAUUGCAUCAAUUAGCGGGAAAUAAAAGCGGGCAAUUGAAAGAUUGGAAUGUUAUAGUUAACCAUCACUUGCAAAACUCGAGCGCGUAUUCAGAUUUGGUUACGGACUUACCUUUUUUGGAGCUUGAAAUUGCACGCCAAUUCGACAUCAUUUACAGUAUCAUAAAAUUAAUUGAAAUGAAAAAUAUGAUCUUCAAAAACUACUUAGCGAAUAACUUGCAUCUGUUUACGUUUAGUGAAGUUAUACUGGAUGAUGAUAAUAGUGGAGGGGAGGAAAUGAAGAGCUUGUUUGCCUUACCCAAUGUUGGUGUACUCGUAAAGAAAACCAUUCACAGAGUAAAAGAAGGCUCUUCCUCCCAAGUCUCUCAAACUCUGAAUAUCCCAAUAAAACUACAGAACUGUACUAUAAAAGAAAGCGACCCAGACAUUCCUGAUUCAGUGGAGCUUAUUCAUCUCGAGUACUCUCACGAUAUCGAUGCAUAUCUUCAAUCGAUUACAAUUGAUUAUGAUGUGAUUACAACUAAUUGGGGGUCCAUGCUAGAAUACUGGUCAGAGAAUAAAAGUUCGAAAGCCAUAGAUGAGUUCAUAACUAACUUAAUACCGGUGUAUGCCGAACAUAGACUAUAUUCGGCAAAACUUUUGGCCAACAGAGAAAAGGAGAGAGCAAUUGCGGAGCUAAUGACAAGGAGGAAAAGAUCUUCGAGACUGGUAGCGAAAGAGGAAGAAAACAAGAAAAAAGACUUGGAAAGUGAGUGGUUUGAAAAACUAGAUGAAAGAGAACAAUUUAUAAGGCACAGAAACAAGCUAGUGUCGAAGGAAAUCAAAAAGAUAAAAGAUCUUCUUUGGAACCAAUUGUGGCAAUUGUACGAUCAAGAUUAUAGAGAUGAAAAAUUGACCAGGCGUAACGAGCUCAAAGAUAGAAGUGGUUCUGGUACACCGUUUUUUGAAACGUCUUUGGGCAGGGAGGAGGACAAUCCCUUAAAUGAAAUCGAUAUCGGAGUUCUUGAUCACGGCCCUAACUUUCAAUCUAGUAUAAUCCCGGUGGAACCACCAAUUCCUGGAACUGUUGGGCCACUACAGACGGGAGACGUCCCUGAAUUGCCUAGUGACUUCUGCAUAACAAAGGAAGAGCUAGAUGAGCUUGCCAACUACGGGAUCUUUACUCCGCAGCAAGAGCCCGACAACCAAGAUUCUGUUUUCCAAUGUCCGGGCGAACCAGAGCUGGCGCCCAUGAUUAUCACCGAAGACACGGAGACUGACCUCUUCAAUAACCGCCCAUUGAUAUGCUGUGAUCAUUGUUACAGGUGGCAGCAUUGGGAAUGCCAACCUCCAAAAAUUAUAGAGCUUAUAUCUUCAACCACAAAAUCCCCACAGCACACGCUGUCGCAACGUGAUUUUGGCGUCAUCAUAAUGGGAAAUUCGCACGGCAAUAGAAGGUCUUCUCGCAGACCCCAAUCCACACUUGAACCCAGCACCAAGUCUUCAAGACCUACUGAUAAACGCAAACCGCUGUCUGAAUGCUCCACUUUUAUCUGCGCUUGGUGCAUCAGGGACUUGGAACUUGAGCUGCGCAACAUUUUUGUGCCUGAAUUGAAAAUAAUAAGGGCCAAACAAAGAAAACAACAGGAAGACCGUGAAAGAAGAAAAAAAAUGAAGGAAGAAAAGAAAAGGCUCGAAGAGCUUGCAAAGAAAAGGGAACUAACCGAGUCUGUCUCACCUCCAGUGUUUAAUAAUGCAUUUGCAAACAUGUCAAGUAGCACAACGCCUAGUAUCGCCGCUUACGAAAAAACAAAUCCAGCCAUCAAUCCAGCACCUAAUGUAAAUGCCGCUCACCCCAUAAUUACAUACUCGCAGCAAACUGGCAGCAAAACUGUACCACAAGCACCACAGGCACCACAAACAUCACAAGCAUCAAUCCAACCACAGCAGCAACAGCAACAGCAACAGCAACAGCAACCGCUGCACCCUAAAGAACAGAACUUUCACUUCCAGUUCCCACCAACCAACUAG